CUGUUCAAUUAGUCACGCGUAUAUCCGGCGCGGGCGCACGACGUGCGGUUGCUUGCGCUCCGUUCAAAAAUUAACGUAACGUCAAUUAAAAAAUAAACAUACAUCUCGAUGUCGAAUGCUAGAUUUUAAACGUGACUGUUUCAAUAUUUGUUUUCUAAAAACAGGUAUGUUAAUUUUUAAGAAUAUCCAUCAAGUUUAACAAUUAGGGCGAGUGCGAGAUUAUUAUAAGUAUCUAAUAUUAAAAAAUUGUGUUGUAAUAUAAAUAAAAGUAGUGGCAUUAAAUUUUAUAUGAAUAAUAUGCCUAAAGUAGAAAUGUUUUAAAGUAUAUGUGAAGUGCAUCGUUUCGUUUAUAAAGUUUGUUUGCAAAGUGUGAGUCAACAUAUGACACUGACUUGCGAUAACAACAGUGUCGCUGUUCAUAAGUGUAUAAAAGUUAACUAUAUGUAAUAAAUUUUUGAGAUUUUGAUCUGAUUACAAACAAACAAAAUGUAUACACGAUCGAAUAUGUUACGUGCAAGUAUAUGGGCAUAUAUACUGGCCACCAGCUGGGCGCAGUACGCCGAACAGAUGCUCGCACAGAACCCGUGCUCCAGCAAGACCACUUGCAGCGACUGUAUCAGAACGGCGUCUUGUGCUUGGUGCUUCGCUGCCGAGUUCAACGGGCCGCGUUGCUUCAACCCCGCCAUUGAAGGUGGCACCGCAGGAUGUGAUGAAGCUUACAUAUUUAACCCGGAUAAUGAUCUCGCUACUACAUCGAGCAGAGAGCUUAGUAGAGCAAAAGGUCGUAUGGGUAUGGGUUCGUCGUAUUACGAAGAGUCGGCGAGUGCGAAGGGAGGUGGUUUCGCAGCAGCAGGCGGCGCUGCUGGUGGGGCGGCCGGCGCCGGUGGCCACGGCGAGAAUUUGGUACAGAUCAAACCCCAGAAGGUCGGACUGAAGUUAAGAAUGAACCAAAAACAAGUCCUGACAUUCGAGUACUCUCAAGCCCAAGACUAUCCAGUAGAUCUGUACUACCUUAUGGACCUCAGUAGAUCGAUGAAAAACGACAAAGAGAAGCUUAGUACACUUGGCAGUUUGCUAUCUAGUACUAUGAGAAAUAUUACAUCGAAUUUCCGAAUUGGUUUCGGCUCUUUCGUAGACAAACUUGUUAUGCCUUACGUGUCCACAGUACCAAAAAGUUUGAUAUCGCCAUGUGACGGUUGCGCAGCGCCGUACGGCUUCAAAAAUCAAAUGUCACUUAGCAAGGACACGGACUUUUUUGAUCAAGCAGUUGCGAAAGCAGAUGUGUCCGGUAACUUAGACGCGCCGGAGGGCGGCUUCGAUGCUAUCAUGCAGGCUGUCGUAUGCAAAAGCGAAAUCGGCUGGCGGGACCAAGCUCGUCGGCUGCUUGUAUUCUCCACUGAUGCUGGCUUCCAUUACGCUGGUGACGGAAAGCUCGGCGGUAUAGUGCAACCAAACGAUGGUGAAUGCCAUAUGGAAAACGACUCCUACACACAUUCCACUCUGCAAGACUAUCCCAGCAUUUCACAGAUCAAUCUCAAGGUGAAGGAGCAUGCGAUCAACGUCAUAUUUGCCGUGACGGCGGAGCAAAUUAGUGUGUAUGAAGAGUUAAGCAAACACAUCGAGGGCUCCAGUAGCGGCGUGCUCAGCGACGACUCGGGGAACGUUGUCGAUUUAGUGCGGGAACAGUAUAAUAAAAUUACGUCAACAGUGGAGAUGAAGGAUACUGCAAGUGAUGCCUUGCAAAUAACAUAUUACUCAUCGUGUCUGGGCGGAAAAGAAGUCGUGCAGACAAACAAGUGUGAUGGCCUCAAGGUGGGAGACGUCGUUAAGUUCACCGCAGAAAUAACACUGAAAGAAUGUCCCAAGGAUCCCAGCAAAUGGAAACAGAUGUUCAAUAUUUACCCGGUCGGCGUAUCGGAGAUGUUGGCAGUUGAAGUCGAAAUGAUUUGCGACUGCCCCUGCGAACACAAAAAUCACUUUGCAUACAACGACAGCCCACUCGUGUGCAGCGGGCACGGUAUAUCGGCAUGCGGCGUGUGCGUGUGCGAGCCGGGCCGCUUCGGCAAGGGCUGCGAGUGCUCGGCGCACGGCGGCGUGUCGCUGGAGCAGGAGCGCGGCUGCCGCCCCACCAACGCCUCCACCGGCCCGCUCUGUUCCGGCCGCGGCACCUGCAUCUGCGGCGUCUGCGAGUGCGAGAAGAUGGACGACCCUAACAAGGUGAUAUCUGGCCCGUUCUGCGAAUGCGAUAACUUUACUUGCGACAUGAAUCACGAAAAAUUAUGUUCGGGCCAAGGCGAGUGCGUGUGCGGCCGCUGCAACUGUCGGCCGGAGUACACCGGGCCCGCCUGCCAGUGCCUGCUCGACCAGAAGCCUUGCAUCUCGCCCGAAAAUGGCGAGAUAUGCAGUGGAAAUGGAAAGUGUGUAUGCGGACAAUGUGUCUGCAAUGUCAACGACAAUCGUCACUAUUCUGGAAAAUAUUGUGAGAAAUGCCCCACAUGUCCGGGCCGCUGUGGCGAGUUUAAGGAGUGUGUCCUCUGCGAGGUGCACAAGCGUGGGCCUCUGUUCCAGCCCGACAAGCCUGUCGGCGAACAAUGUGGAAACUGCGCACUCUUCCCCGUUGUAGAGGAGGGGAAAUUAGUAGCGAACGAAAAUCAAAGCGAACAUUUAUGUAGUUUCUACGACGACGAAGACUGUCUCUACUUGUAUGUGUAUUCAUACCCCGAGUCACACCAAGUGCAUAUCAGAGCGCAGAAGGAACGAGAUUGCCCCAAGAAGGUAUUUAUUUUAGGCAUAGUGUUGGGCGUGAUCGCGGCCAUUGUUCUGGUGGGGCUGGCAUUGCUUAUGCUGUGGAAGAUGGUGACCACAAUACACGACCGAAGAGAGUUUGCGCGCUUCGAGAAGGAGAGAAUGAUGGCUAAGUGGGAUACGGGUGAAAAUCCUAUUUACAAGCAAGCGACGUCCACAUUUAAAAAUCCUACAUACGCCGGGAAAUAAGUAUCGUCUAAAUAUGAUCGUCAGAAAUGUAGGAAAUAUAGAUUGUUAUGAGCUUAGUACGUAGAUAUAUGUUAUUACAAUUAAUAAAUUGUGAGUCGUGUAUGAAUAGCACGUGAAUUCAAGUAACAUUUGAGAAAGGUUUAUGCAAUUCAGGUGAAGAUUUUAAUUGAAUGAUAUAUAUGUAAAGUUGCCUUAACAUGUGCCUUUUAAAGUUUUUAUAUUUAAAAAUCCGUGGAAACUAAAAAAUCGUCCAAUUAAUAUUUCGCAAACCCGUAAUUUAUUUUAAUAAAUAUUUUUUUAGAUCUUGAACUAAUCCAGAUUAAUCAUAUUUUAGAAAAUAACUUAAAAUUGGUAAUCCUUUAACCGCCUCAGUCGGAUCUAUAAUACAAUUAUUUUCAUAUUUGUACCCAUUCUGUUUUAUUUAGCCGACUGAGACUUUUGCUUGUAUGUUUCUUAUGUUCAAAUGCUUACUACAUUAAUUCAGUAAUAAAAUAGGGACAGAAUAUAGAACAAAAGUUGACAAUAUCCUGAAGCUAUUUGUCAUAGACAAAAAUAAUAAAAUAAAUCAAGUACAAUAUAAAGUUGCAGAUUUGAGUGAACUUGAUCAGUGCAACUGCUACAAGUCCAAGCGGUCAAAAGUUUAAUUAUAUAAUUGUUUCUAAGUGUUUCAUCUAUACGAUUUUUAAAGAUUUAUAUAAUAAUUAAAAAGCAAAUGAGGCCUGUUAAUCUCAACAAUAAUAUAUUGUACGCUUUUUGUACUUAUGUGUGUGGAUGUUGUAUGUACUUAUGUGUUUGUGUGGCUUGGUCAUAUAUUUGAUCCCUCGAAUAUCUUAUGUUCAAAUAAUAAUGAAAUCAAAUAGAUAUAAUAUUGAAAUAUGUAAAUCAGAUAUUAAUAAUUAUGGUAUGAUUGAAAAAAAUCUUGAAUCUUCUAAGAUUUGAUUACUUCGCAAUGAUUUUAGUAUUUCAAUAAUAUCUCUAUAUAAUAACUUGCAAUUAAUUAAUUGCGAAGUGUCUAAUUUUGAAUAAAGGCUUAAUAACAUAAGAACUGAAUCUAAUCUAAUCGUUUGUAACAAAAUGUAUUUGACUGAUAAAUAACCUUGUACUCAUGUUUGGGUAAAAUCGAUUACCAAUCCAAGACGGAUUUGUUUUUCUCGCAAUAAUGCAAUGGAUACUCAAUUUUCAACCGACUUCAACACUCAGGAGGACCUCAGGAGAAUCUUAGCCAAUUGUUCACCAAUUUCCAUGAUUAUGAAUAUGAUGAUUAUUUCAUUAUGAUCCUCUUUAAAACUUCUCAAAACUGAAGUCGGUUUUUUAAGUAUUAAAUUGUCAUGAUUUUGAUUUCGUUUAUAUUAAUCUUAUGUAUAACAUGUUAGAUUGAAAAUCGUAAAUUUUUAUGUGUAUUGAGUGUUCACUGCCAACAACUAGUUAGUGUUUUGUGGUAUAAUGCGAACUAGUGUAGAAAUGUAAGGUUUAAAAAUGGCUUCCUCGUGUAUCCGGUGCCUUAUAUAAUACGAAAAAAGUAUAGUGCCAUCAAUGAUAAUAUUUUAAGUAUGUAAAUGUUUUACUGUAUUUAUUGUAACGAUUAAUAAUUUUGUACGUAAUUUUUAUUUCUAACCGAAUACAUAGUUGUCACAUUUUAUUAUGCAAAACAUUGCAUUUUUUAUACUAUGUUGUUUUGACAAUAUUUUAUUGAUAAUAUUAUAUAUACAUAUUCUUAUAAGUUUAACUUUAUUGUAAACGUGUAUGACAGUAGUGAGCGUGAUUAUCAGCUUUUAUGAAUAAUUAUAUUAAUUUUGAUAUUAAUAUGUUUCUGGAUGCUUUCAAUUCCAGAAAAUAAUGAUUAAAUUUUAUUUGACUAUAAAUAUAGCUCUGCCUCUACGAUUGUUUACAUGGAACAUUCUAGGAUUAUCCAUAAUGGAAGUUUUGUUAGUAUUUUUUUUUAUCUCAUUCUAAGUCAUUUCAAAUAUUAACAAAUAUCGAAAUUUUUUUAUAUAAUGUUUUAAGCUAUUAAAUUAAUUUUAUAUAAUUUUCUUUUUAGACCAGACGUAUUAUUGACUAAGUGAUGUGAAAAACAUCUAAAUGUACAUAAAUAUUUUAGCAAUGGUCUCUAAUGUAGCUAAUAAAAAAUUAACUCUAA